GGAACGCAACGCGACUCGAAACAUGGCGCGUGAUGGGCGGAACUGCGCCUGCUGCUGCGGCGGUCGCUGCUGAUAUGCGAACCGUCGACUAGUGCACAAUAGCAGACGAGGAUGUCCCUUCGUCGUCAGACCGUUCGCCGCAGUGUUGUUCGGCUUCAUCGCAGUCCGUCGCACUGCCCGUGCGGUAAGCCUCUGGACUGAACAUCGCCUCCACGACCGAAGACCGACAGAAGAACUCUCGUUGAAAGUGAGAGGGGCAGUGCUCACACCACAUUCGCUACCGGAGUCUGCGCGACUCUUUUCAAUCUCACCUGACAGACGUUCGAGAACCACAGAGGCAACUUUGCCAGAGACUACAACACAUGCCACCAUGUUGGACGAGAACCUGCCCGUCUACUUCCUGAAGCCUGCCGCAGACGGCAUCAAGCACCACCGCGAUGUCUACCACAGUCACCAUGGCUCGACGCCCGCUCCCUCAUACGCCCUCCACAACACCGACCCUGCGAGUACGAGUCCCGCCCACAAGAACUGCUAUGCCGUUGCCCUUUUCGACGCCUACAACCCUGACAUCUUAUUCGGAGAAGUCCUCGCCCGGCCAGAUUGGACACAACCCACGCUGAACCAGGAAGAGAUCCGCCGAAAUGGAGGCGUUCCUCCGCCUCCUCAACCCGUCCUCCCUCACGACUUCGCCGUUCAACUCUACAACCCCGACCAGCAGGUGCGAGUAGACAUCAAGGAGGGCAAAUGGGGAGCUUCCGACUCGUACGAAUUCAGUCUCCCUCUCAUCGCUUUCCGAACCCCUAGCGCUAGCUACCUCGAUCGUGGACAAUCCGACCCAGCGAGUCUAUCCAUCACUCCCAAAAUCAAUUUCGUCUGGCGCAAAGAGAGCAAAUUGAGUCGAGAUCUGAUAUGCUACAUGACGGGUAAGAGCACGGAUAUCGAGGUCAAGAAGAAGAGCAAAAAGGAUCCGGACAUUGCUGUCGCAUUGUGGAGGAGUAUGCGAGAGUUGACAAUCUACGAAUCGAACAUGGAUCGCCUGGAAUUGGAAGAUCCGAAAGGGAUGGAGAUCACGUUGUUGCUGAGUGCCGUUGUGAUCAAGGACCUGUACUUUGCAUCCAAGGACGGAUUACGAGAAGUCUUCAAUGUCUCGCAGGCGCCGAAUGAGAGGAAGUUGAGUGGUGGUGGAAGGAAAUUGUCGAACCCGAACAAUCGAAUGAUGCAUCCUCCUGUGAGCAUUGUCGGCGCUCCUGCUCUUUCGCAUCAUCCUCCUUCAGCAGUCUAUGGGGCAGGACUUCCCCCUGGGAGAGCCGCACAGUCGACGACCGCUCUACCGAAACUGAACACGGCGAUGCAAAAGGUUGCUCCAUAUUCUGCUGCUUUGCCGCCGGAGAAACCGCCUCUUAACAACAUCAACAACCGGCCUCCUUUCCAUACCGCUGCUGCUACAUCCACAGCCGCUCUUCCGACAACCACAUCCUCAUCACCCAAACCCCCUCCACCUCAUGCCGACCCUCGCUCUCAAUGGGAGAUCGAAGCCGAAACCGCCCGUCUCAAAGCCCAAGCCGAAGCCGAAGCGAAACUCGAACGUCGCAAACAGAAAGAGAAAGCCAAAGCCGACGAAGCCGAGCGGAAGCGACUUCAACGCAUGGUCGAAGAAGAAGAGAAAACUCGCAGGAGAAAGGAAUUGGAAGUGGAAAAAGAAACCGAACGUUUAAGAAAACUAUAUGGCGUGCAGCAACCUCAACCUCAACAAGCGAACAUCGCGAGACCGCAUACUACGACCGGUCAUCGCCCAUCUCCGCCACAGCAACCUCCGAGGAGGAGUUUUGGAAGUAAUGGACUGCCUUCAAUACCGCAAGGACGACCUGCGGCGUCUCAUGUUUCUUCCAGGCCUCCUCCUCUGGCGCCUUCUUCGAGACCCGGAAUGUAUUUGCAACCUGGCGCAGGUGGUAGCGCCAUGAUGAGUGGAGGAAAUCCUUCGGCUAGCAUGUUGAACGUUUCAGGUGGACAGCAGCCGAAAAAGAAGAAAAGCUCGUUCUUUGGGCUGAGAUCGGGAAGUGAUGAGGGAGGAAAGUUGACGAAGAAGGGGAGUACGAUGUGGUGAUGAUGCUUCUGUGCCCACAGUAUGGCUUUCUUCUCGCGGGUUUUUAGCGAUGGCGUUUUGCGGUUGUGUGCCUGCUUACGGGUUGUCUUCAUCUACUGCUUGCAUGGAUCAGAACGAGGAUAGAUGGAAGAUGUGAUGGGUCCAAGGGUCGGGAUGAAAUGGCAUGACGCGAGGGCAGUCGGUGUUCAGUGAAAAUCCGGCUACAUAUGUCUCGUGAGAGCACGAAAAAUGAGCUGGGAAAGGCAGACUCUGUCUAGAAAUUUAACGAAUGAAUGAUAAUGUUGAUGAAAGCAUAAAGCAACCACA